AAUAUAAACUAGAAGUUGGCAAGCAACCAGGUUUCAGUGACCUUGAGAAUGGAGGGGGAGAUAGAGCUAAACCGUGGAAUAAGCCGGAGUAGCUCAAGCCAGUCACCAAGAGCUAAGUGCCCAGCUCCUUUCCUCUCUAAGACAUAUGAUCUCUUAGAAGAAGAAGAAAAAGAAGGAAAUAUAAGAGAUGAUCAUGAUCAUGGUAGUAGGAUUGUGUCUUGGAAUGAAGAGGGAACUGGGUUUGUGGUUUGGUCUCCUCAGGACUUCUCCCACUUCACCCUGCCCAGAUACUUCAAACACAGCAACUUCUCUAGCUUCAUUCGUCAGCUCAAUACUUAUGGAUUUAAGAAAAUUGCCACAGACCGGUGGGAAUUCCAGCACCAAAAGUUCCAAAAGGGAAGUAGACAUCUACUAGUGGAAAUCACCAGGAAGAAAUGCGAGCCAAGCAUCUAUCCAGCCUUCCUCAAAGCUUCUGGAAAAGACUCAACUUCUGCUGUAGAUGAGAACAACCGUAUGCUAAUGGAGGAGAAUAAGAACCUAAGGAAAGAGAAGUCAGAAUUGCUAAUGCAGAUAUCACAAUUCAAAGCCCUGGAGAUCAAGCUCCUAGACUGCCUCUCUCAAUGCAUGGGCAGUCACAGAGAAAUUAGAAGAGUUUGUUAGGAGCUAAUGAAUGGAGAAAGAACUUAACAACUCUGCGUAUGUAGCAUAUGUACUGGAGAGUGGAGAGUAGUAGAUAAAGGAUAAAAUUCUUUCUUGUUCUUCAUCCCACUGUUCGAAAAAACUUGCAGCGAUGACUCAACAAGGAUCAGGCUGAAAGAUGGUGAAUGCGCAAGCCUUUAUUAUUUGUUGGGAUGAAGAAAGGGGUGCGUAGCUGUUUUUGCUGUUGUAAGCUUUCUCAGGAGUGAGAAAAGGGAAUCUUUGGGUGUGGGGGGUGUUUA